CAAGUUCAACCAGAUAUCCUGCGUUCCUCUAUCUCUUUUCUGAGCUUAAACUACGGCACCGUAUGUGUGUCGGUGGUGGUGGGAGAGAUUGAAGUUGGAGAUGAAGGAGGAUGAGGAGGAAGAUGGAGAGGGUAGAAGAUCAAGAGUAGGAGGUGAAGAUGUAUGGGGAGAGGAAGAGGAAAGAGAAGAAGGCUUACGCAAUCCUUUCACCGUUACUUUGUUCACGGAACCUAGCUAGGGCUUGUUUAAGGGACCAUCUUUCCAAGUCCAUUCGUCGCAGUUUUAAAAGUUGUUCUUCAUGACGCUUCGCUCGAGACCGUUCGACUGCGUAAGGGAGGAAAAAAAAGAAAUUUAAGUUCAAGGUCAACCAGAUGGCGCGGGAACGUUCUUAUUCUUACGCGUAUCUACAUAUCUCUGAGCAGACGAUUAAAUGCAAGAUGCUUUGCACCAUCCAUUUUCCUUUUCUUUUUUUGACGAGAUUACAAAAAAUAAGUUUGUAUGAUGUCUGGCGCUACUACCGAAGGUAUGAUAUGCUACAACAGAACCAUGCCAAACAUUAAACAAGAAGUCGACAACCCCGCCACGCCUACGCAAAACUAUCAAGUUUGUUCACCGACCACUACACUGCAAAAUCAGGAGGCAAUUUGCACAAAAAUGGAUGUGCCGCCUGAUUACGGCGGCGGUGGUGGUGGUGGUGGUGGUGGUGGUGGUGGUGGCAGUGCUUGUAGCGGAAAUGGAGGCGCUGGUAGUGGAAGUCCAGGUAGUCCAGAGAUGCAUCACUGUUCAUCAACGACUCAACCUUUAGGAACUCCCGAGGAAGGCAUCAAGGAGGAAGACAUGUUGCCCAGGCGAUUAUGUCUCGUUUGCGGAGACGUUGCAAGUGGAUUCCAUUACGGUGUUGCAUCUUGCGAAGCAUGCAAAGCUUUCUUUAAAAGGACUAUACAAGCGAGUAACUUUACAGGUAACAUUGAAUAUACUUGCCCGGCAAACGGAGAAUGCGAAAUAAAUAAACGUAGAAGAAAGGCGUGCCAGGCGUGCAGAUUUCAAAAGUGUCUUCGUCAGGGAAUGCUAAAGGAAGGUGUGCGAUUGGAUCGGGUUAGAGGUGGCAGGCAAAAAUACAGAAGAUCUACGGAUCCUUACAUCCCUGUGAAAACGGCUACUCUGGAAGCGAGCGUAGCAUCCGGAGGAUCUGGGGAACAAAUAAAUAACAAAAUGGUCGAAGCUCUAGCUGCGUGCGAACCCGAUAUUUUACAAGUAUCGAAUCUUUCUCACACUUUGGAUACAGAUCAAAGGAUACUGGGACAGUUGUCGGAUUUAUAUGAUCGCGAAUUAGUUGGAAUUAUCGGUUGGGCUAAGCAAAUACCGGGGUUCAGCAGUUUAGCUUUAAACGAUCAAAUGCGGCUUCUACAAAGUACAUGGGCGGAAAUUCUAACUUUCAGUUUAGCGUGGAGAAGUAUGCCUAAUAAUGGCAGAUUGUGGUUCGCUCAAGAUUUCAGCUUGGAUGAACGUCUGGCACGUGAAUGCCAUUGUACAGAGCUAUAUACGCAUUGCAUCCAGAUCGUAGAAAGGAUUCAACGAUUGGGUUUGAUCAAAGAAGAAUAUUAUGUGCUGAAGGCAUUGAUUCUGGCGAAUAGCGACGCGAGAUCGGACGAACCUCAAGCUCUAUAUCGUUUCCGCGACGCAAUAUUGAAUUCCCUUUCGGACUGCGUAGCAGCCGUAAGGCCAGGACAGGCGUUACGUGCUACGCAAAACAUGUUCCUAAUACUGCCUAGUCUUAGACAGGCCGAUGGAAUUGUAAGGAGAUUUUGGUCGAGUGUUUAUAGAACGGGCAAAGUGCCGAUGAACAAGCUCUUUGUAGAGAUGUUGGAAGCUGCCUAUUAUCGAUGAAACAACUAGAACCUGGUCGAAUAUUAUCAUUGAAAUCGAACGAGUUCGUCAAAGUUAUCAUUAAUAGUCGAUGUAUAAUAAACAUCACGCGGAAAUAAUAAAGGUGUUACUCACGUUUUCGAAACUAAAGGGAAUGACAAGUGAGUGAUAAGUGAGAGGAACAGUGCAGUUCUGUUCUUUUUUUUUUCGAACAGACUCGCGAACAAAAAGUUCUUUAUUUUUCAAAGGUGAAGCGUGGAGUGAUUUCGACCAGUGUUUCCCAACGAUCAUCGAACCUUGCGUAUAGUUCUGAGAUACCGUUAGCUGUCUUUGUUUAAAGUAACCAAGCUUUCCUUUUCAAGUACCCCUUUUACAGGUAUAGGAAAGGGAAUGUGAUUUCAGCAUAAAACGCGGAGAGAAUAAAAUGCGAGGAGCCUACGUUUAGAGGUAUCAUUAUAGGAUAGUAUAUAGUCUGUUGAUCGAUAGAUCGCAUUACCAAAUAAAUAUGUUUUUGUUUACACACUUGAUCAUUAUGAUCGUGACAUCGAGUCAAUGAUCGUACAAGUCAGAUCGAAGUUUAGUAAUUGUGGUGUUUGAUAAACUGUGGGUGUUUGAUGUUACAUAUUUGCAAUAGAGAUACGCUAAUCAUUUCAUGUUUGUCAUUAAUCUGAAUUCAUAUAUCGUUUCUGGCGGUUAGUUUAGCAAGAGGAAUGUACAUGUAUAACGCUAAUAAUUUAAAAAAAAAAAAAAAAGAUAAUACAAAUGUUUACUUGGCAUUAUAGGUGGAAUUAAUGUUGAAAGUAAUAAUAAUUAAAACUUAAGCUAGAUGUAUCGAACAUCCAUAGUUACGGCACUUUAAACCUUUAGGGCGUAUCGUUGUACAAAUAAAACCAGUGAUAGGAAUAGGGUUGAUCAAGUUGGAGAAGAUAAAAAGAAAGAGAAAGAAUGACUGGAUCGUUCUCGAAUUAGAGCCACGUUGUUUUUUUUUUAUUUUUUUUUCUUUUUUCUUUUUUUUUCUUUUUUUUUCUUUCUUUUCUUUUCUUUUUUUUUUUUUUUUUUUUUUUAAAUUUCUUUUGUAUAAGAUACAUUAGGAAUAUAUUUUAAGAACGGACUUUGGCCAGGUUGCCAGGUUCAUGAGAGUAAAAAAGGGGAGUUUAAUUGUUUGUUAAAAUGAUCGCAAAAAUAUUGCGCGUGCCACACAAAAGUGUAGGAGAAUAUAUGUAUAUAUAUGUGUGUGUAUAUAUAUAUAUAUAUUCAGGGAUCUUUAUUAUCUAGUUAUUACCGUUAUGAGUAUCGCGUGCGGGACGUGUGCAUAGUACUGCUUCUAUGGAAGGAAACUCGUUAUGUAACAAGAGCUACUAUUCUGACGUGAAAGUUCAGUACGAAUUGAAACAACCGAAUAUAAAUUUAUUUUAUAGAGCUUUCUUUAGCAUUAGUUUGCCAUAACAUUUUCACUGAUAUUUGUAUUUUUUUUUUCCUUUUUCAUUAUAUUCCCGUGAAAUUAAAGAACGAUAUAAGAAAUUAAAUUAGUUUUAUUCGUAAGGAAUAAUCGAUCUUAUUCCUUGUUAUAUUUGAAAUUUAUAUAUCCAUUUUCGUGAUGUAUCGGAAAAAUUCGUAAAAUUAAUUUUUUUUUUUUUUUGACAAUAUAGAUACGAGCAAUAAAUUUUUGCACAAAAGAAAGAAAGAAAAUAUUAUCGAAUUAAAAGUAACGUACAAAAAGUCGUUCGAAGAAACGGUGAAAAUGUUAUGCAUAAUGGUGUAGUCGUAUCGUAUGUCUAUAUCGUCACUUUUACGGUGCAAUAUAUUGUUCAUUCGCGUCGUUGCAUUAUCCAAAUCAUGGAAAUGUGGCGUUAUUCCUUUAUUUUGACCUUGCUUUUCCUUCUUGUCCUUUUAUCUUACAACGUUUCAUCUAUCCUGCAUUUACGCACGAUGAAUAUUUCAUGAUACUGACUUCCCAUAUCUUAUUCGUAUAAGUUCUUUCAAGUUUUCCUGCUUGAUGAUUUGUUCCUUGUCAUGAAGUAGAUAGCAUAAUAAAUGAAAUGAAAACAUGGCUGUUCAGCCACGGCGAAUUUUAUCUGUGUUCUUUGCAGCUUCCUACGUUUUUUCUCUCUCGUUCAUUACGUGGCUCAUUUUUUAAAUACAUAUAUAUAUAUAUAUGUAUAUAUAUAUAUAUAUAUAUAUAUAUAUAUAUAUAUAUAUAUAUAUGUAUAUAUAUGUAUAUAUAUAGUUCGAUUUUUUUUCUCCAUGGAUAAAUUUCACUUUAAGAUGCCAACAGAAAAAAGAAAAAUUGAAAGUAAUCAACGAAAAGGACUGACGCAAGAGAAAUUUUUUCUGUAUCUCUUGCAAAUGAAAUUUUUUUUUUUCCUAUCGAUAACUAAAUUAUUAUUCAGUUGUUAUAUUAACUUUUCUUAUAAGUUUUAUACUUUCGAUUUAACUAACAUCAAUUCAUUUGUCGCGCUCUUCCUUUUCGUCUUUAUCAAUGUGAAAAUGUUUCUUCUUUAGACUGUGAUAUUUACACAAUAUUUGGCUUUUCUAUUUUGUGAAAUUAUUGGCGUUUCGUAAAAAUUCGAACGUUUUAGUUUAUGAGAUCUUGUAAUAUAUUGAUAUGAAUUUAUCUUGUUUUGCUUUUUUUUUUCGUUUUUUUUUUUGUUCUGCUUAAGUUGGUUUCAUAAUAAUUUAUGAACUAUUUCCAUGUAUAUAAAAAUCGAUACGAUAAAUUAAUUUUUCUAUUAUCGCGCAUGGUGAAACUAUGUUAACCAGAUUUGGCGAUAAGGGUGGUGUUUCAUAAAGCUUAGCUUAAUUCGCGCGUCGUUGAUCAGCUUUUGUUAUAUCUUGAUAAUCCGAUUCGUUAUGUGAUUUAUUAUUUUCAAGUGGAAUUCAAUGUAUCUAUCAUAUAUACGAUCGUUUAUUAUAAAUCCGACAAUAAGAUGCGAUAUAUGUAAAUCUUUCAUAGUGCGAUGAUAUUGAACUAUUAAAUGUCAGACGCGCUGAACUAUUAAAAAUUCGGAAAAGAACGGGUAAGAAUAUUGAAGAAAUAUUUUCUUAAAUCAGAGCAUUCGACAUAAAAGCGAAGAUGUAUUUUUAUGAAACCGACUUUUAUAUGGUUCCCCUUUUUGAAAUUGAGAAAUCUACAAUUUUCGUAAGCUUUUUUCUUUUUUUUUCCCCUCCCACCCUCCUUUAUUUAAUCAUCAUUCAUUCGCCGUGGCAUAGAAUCGUAGUCUCAGGGUUGCAUACAAACAAAUAAACAAACGAUACAAACCUCGACACAUACAAAUAGUUAAGAAUGCGAAUAUAUUUGUGAAGCAAACAUUAUAAUAAUAGUAAUAAUAAAAAGAAUAAUAAUUAUAACAUUAAUAAUAAUAUUAAUAACGAUAACGAUAAGGAGACGAUUAAUGCUGUAACUUACUAUGUUAUAUAAUGAAGCUUAUGUGUUACGAAGAUGGAAAUUAUUUAUGUAUUAAAAAAAAAAAAAAAAAAAAAAAGAAAAGAAAAGAAAAGAAAAGAAAGAAGGAAACGCGUAUAUGCAAAUGGAAGAAAGAGAAAAUCCGGCAUAAGUAAAAUUCUUUUGUGUUAAGGAAUUAAGAAUGAUCGACUAUUUUUGCCCAAAUAAAGUGGGGAUUUUGAUUAUUUGUUUUCAAAAUCGUUAUUCAUUUUAUCCGUCCGCGUAUUUGGCUUCAAAUCAUUCUUCGUGUUCGGACAUUGAUUAUUCAAACGUGCAUAUUUUUCUUUUCAAAGAACAGACAAAAAAGGAUGAAAUUGAUUUAUUUUUGUUACAAUAGAGCGAUUAAAUAGAUGUGUAUGUAAUAUGUACAUUUCGUAUUUGGUGUAAAGAAGAGAUUAUUGAAAUUAACAAGUAUUGAAAUUAACAAGGAUACGAUCCUAGCUAAA